CGUAUGGUUUCAUAAAAAGGUGUAGGCACCACUGUUUCUCAGGAGCAGCAGGAAUAACAUCCUGCAAGCGCAACACCAUGAAUGUCCCAGUGUCACAUGAUACUGAGAAACUGCCCUCAAAUGGGUCUGUGGGCAGAGGCACCAGCCGACAGUAUGGAUCAAACCCGUCCUCAUCUUAUCACUCUGAAAAUCCACAACAUAUUAGCUCUAAUGGGAAUAUUUCACCAGUCAACACCAGUCUCCAUUAUAAGCCACAGGAGUACACAGAGACAGACUUUCUGCUCCCGAAUCAACUCUACGGCCUGUCAAGUUUAAGUGUGUCCACGAGCGCAAAGGAUGCCGGUGGCUCCGGUGAACCUGCUGAGUCUCUCUGUUCCAUGGUGCUUCAGAUCCUGGUGCCAUUUCUGCUGGCCGGGCUCGGGACAGUCUCUGCUGGGAUGCUGCUUGAAGUGGUUCAGAACUGGGACGUGUUCCAGGAAAUCACAGAGAUCUUCAUCCUGGUCCCUGCAGUAUUAGGCAUGAAGGGGAACCUGGAAAUGACCCUGGCCUCAAGACUCUCGACUGCUGUGAAUGCAGGAAAAAUGGAAACUGCCAGAGAAAAGUGGAUGUUGAUCGCUGGGAACUUGGCGCUCAAGCAGCUACAAGCCACAAUUCUCGGCCUGUUAGCCUCUCUGAUGGCGACGCUGUUGGGCUGGAUGGCCGAAGGAAAGAUGCCCUUACACCACGUGAUGCUCCUGUGUUCAACCAGUGUUUCUACCUCCUUUGUGGCUUCAUUGCUGCAAGGUAUUAUUAUGGUGGGAGUGAUCAUUGGGUCCAAGAGAAUCGGACUCAAUCCUGACAACGUGGCCACACCCAUGGCUGCCAGUUUUGGGGAUCUCAUCACUCUCGCCUUGUUGGCCUGCUUCAGUCAGUGGUUCUACUCCCUCCUAGACCUGUAUUCCUAUGUGCUGUACCUGGUGGAUCUGCUAUUAUUAUGCCUAAUUCCUCUUUGGGUGAUCAUCUCAUCCAAACAUCCGGCCAGUAACAUCUUGCUUCGUACAGGCUGGGAACCAAUCAUCACAGCUAUGGUCAUCAGCAGUAUUGGAGGACUUAUUCUUGACAAGGCUGUGUCCGAUCCCAACCUGGCAGGGAUCAUAGUUUAUGCUCCAGUCAUAAAUGGUAUCGGAGGAAACCUGGUCUCUAUUCAGUCCAGUCGCAUCUCUACUAAACUGCAUUUGAAUUACUCACCUGGAGAGGUUCCUGAAGACCGUAAGGGCUGCUUCAGCCCUUGUCGUACUUUCUUUGGUUCAGGUGCAAACCAGCGGUCUGCUCAGGUUCUGCUGCUCCUGGUAAUCCCUGGUCAGCUAGUCUUCUUAUAUGCUAUUCACCUGAUGAAAGGAGCCAACACCUUGCCAAGUCCUCUACUCACUGUCGCCUUCUUGUCUGCUUCCUUGAUUCAGGUCUCCUCCCUGCUGAGUAUAGCCGACUGUAUGGUCCACUGUCUAUGGCGGAAGGGUAAAGACCCAGACAGUUACUCAAUACCCUACCUCACAGCUCUCGGAGACCUACUUGGGACUGCUCUCCUCUCUCUUGCCUUUGUCAUGCUGUGGUAUAUUGGUGACUCAGGAAGUGUUUAGGUUUAAAACAAGAGAAGGUUUAAAGAAGAACAAAGGAGUCAACAUCUUUGCUAGCUAUACACUUCCUGCCUUGCUGGAUGUUUAUUAAAGCACUUAUUGCUGCUUCUGUUUCCAGAGUUUUAAGUGGAACUUUUGUAUUUUUGAAUCUGGAGCCCAUACAUUAACCACGUUGUGUGUGAGUGACUUGUGGACAUAAUUUUUGAUCCAGUGUUGAACCUGAGAACUGCAGCAAUUGUACACCAUAUGUAAAAGUGCUUGUUUAUACCACUGACAGGUUGAGAGUGUUCAUAUACGUGUCUGAAAUCAUAAAAAGAAACUUUUAUAUAGCUUUUAUAAGUUUGUGUAACUUUGGCAAGAUGUUUGUUUUUGGUUGGGUCCCCAUUGAAAAACUACUUCUCAAGUAUAUAGGUUGUGUCUUCCUUCUGUCGGGGCAGAGGUAGUGACAAAAAGUUGUUCAGAGUUUCAAGCAGUAAGGAUUAUUCUUGCAGAACACAAAGACCCAUUGAGCCUUGUUGGUCCGGACCAAGCAGACUGAAAAUUCUGUCUAAAACACAACUUUUAUACCAUUCAGCCUACCUUUUCUCAUCCUCUCAUUGGUGGGCAUUCUAGGCCAGCCCUUCUAAAAAAGGACUGCCUCCUUUUCUGAGAAAUUCUUAAGGUUUCCAUUUCCUUGUUAGGCAACGACUCAGUGCGUGAUCUCAUCUCAAAAGAAUUGGUCUUACUUUAAUGGUGUACUUUUAGGUGCUUUCCAAGCUUCACAUUCCAAUCCCACGCCAAUCAUACCUUGGCAAUCAUUACUAUGAGAAGAAGGUCUGAUAAGCUUUGAGCUCUUAGCAACAGGGUGAAACGGUGUGCAUACGGAAUUUGUAAAUCUGACACCAGGUACACUCAGUGUUUAGCAGGAGGGGUCGUUUUCUCCCCUUUUUUCCAAAACUCAAAAAACAAGAGGAGCGUUGCUGGCUGUGCAUUAAACAGUGUGGGAGACCCCUCUCCCAACUUAAUAUCUCCAAGAUCAACAGACACGCAAAUGUCUGCUCCAAGUUAAGCUGCUAGCUAGCAAACAUGAGCUAACUAACGAUUGUCUAGCAACGUUAGAUGAGAUAACCAAAACUGGAUUUAACAGUUAUGGUUCCUGUCAACUAGUAUUCUU